GCGGGGCCGGGCGGCGCUGCCCGCGGCAUGGAGCUGCCCGCAGCCGGCCCCUGCGCGCCCGCGGGACUUGCGCCUCCAGCCAUGGGGCCGGGGAGCCCCCCGAGGAGCGCUGCCCUCAUCCUGCUGGUGCUGCUGGUGCUGGGCGCACGGCCAGAGGCGCAGGAGACGAGUGUCCGCAGGCAGCAGCGACACGAACAUAGCCUGAAUCCCAGCAGUUCUUGGUGGGAUAUGGAGUAUGAAGGACUGCUGCACAGUAAGAAAACCCUUCCCGGGACUGUGGGCUCACACAAACUCUCCAGCCUGCUCAGAAGCAGCUCUCCCCUCGGACACAAGGACAGCAGAAGUUUGCUAAGCCAGAACUUGGGCCAGAAAUCACAAGAAAAGCAGUUGUCCUGUGACAUGCUCCUUAAACUCUCCAGGUAUAUUUUAACGGAUACCUUUGGACCUAGCUUGGCCUGGAAUCUCUUCCGAUUUUAUCACUGUGAUCAGGAAGUCAACCUGCCCAAAAUUCACAUCAGUCCUCUCAAGCUGGCACAGCACAAGCUGAAGCCUUUCCUGCUGCAUAGGAUGCUUCAGCUGCUCCGGAACAUGGGAGUGCUGUCUGAAGGUCAGCAGUCCAAGGUCUUCGCUCUGCUCAAGAAGCAAAUGCUGAAAACAAGGAAAAUGCCCUUAAAGCCCCAAGUGGAGCAAAGUGGGCCGUGCCCGGGGGCCGCCCCGCACCUCUCCCCGUGGCACCCCGGCUCCGACACCCGCCGAGCCGCCGUCGUGGGCCGGGGAGCGGCUCUGCGCCUGGAGAGCUCCGCUACCUUCCACUCCCUCGUCAUCCGCGACGGAGGGAAGCUGGUGUUCGCCGACCGCCCCCGCGGGCCGCCCAUCACCCUGCGGGCCCGCUACAUCCUCAUCCAGGACGGCGGGGAGCUGCACAUCGGCUCGGAGCGCUGCCCCUACGGCUCGCGGGCCACCAUCUCGCUGUACGGGCGAGCCGCCGACGGGGCGGCCGUGGCCGGCUUCGGGCAGAAAUUCGUGGGAGUGGGCGGCGGCGGCGUCCUGGAGCUGCACGGCCGGCGGCCUCGCUCCUGGAGCCUCCUGGACAAAACCCUGCACCCCGGAGGGCUCCGCCACGGCCGCUACUCGUCGGAGAAGCGCUGGGGCAGCCGCGGGCUCAACCUCCGCAUCCUCGACGCCGGCACGGGGCGGGUGCUGGCGGCGGGGCGCUUCGACACCCACCUGCGAGCCGGCGAGUGCCGCCGCCUGCUCGCCUUCCUGGCCCUGCAGCCCCCCGGCAGGGUGGUGGCGGCCGCCGUGGGGGACUCGGCGGCCCGCAGCCUCACGCUGGAAACGCGGCUGCUCCUGCGGGACCGCCUGCGGAGCGAGCACAUCGCCCGCCUGGGCUACAGGCAGCCCUGGGCGCUGGUGGGGAUCCUCGGAGGGGAUGCGCUUUCCACGGCUGAAGAUAAGAGGGAGUAUCACGGGAACGGGACCACGGGGUUCGCCGUAGCCCAGAGGGAGUUCCUGACCUACGAUGGCACCCGCUUCACUGUUACUGCUUUCAGUGGAUGGAUUAAAGGGGUGCCUCAUAAUGGAUUUAGAGUGGAAGUGUCUAAAGGGAUAAUUCUUCAUUUAGUGGAUGAUGUUAGAAGUUGGUUACCUGGUGACAGGAUUGUCAUUGCCAGUACAGAUUAUUCUAUGCAUCAGGCUGAAGAGUUUAAUCUCCUUCCCUGCCCUGAAUGUAAAAAUAAUCAAGUGAAAAUCGAUGGCAGCCCACUUUAUCUUCAUAUUGGAGAAGUCAUAGAUGGCAUCGAUAUGAGGGCAGAGGUUGGUCUUCUGACUAGAAAUAUACUUAUUCAAGGAGAAAUGGAAGACUCCUGCUACGGACAAAAUCAAUGUCAGUUUUUCUCCUUUGACACAUUCGGAGGACAUAUUAAAAUCCUAAGGAAUUUUAGUUCUGUUCACAUGUCAGGAGUGGAAUUAAAAAACAUGGGGCAGCAAAUCCUGGGCAGUUACCCUGUGCAUUUUCACAUGGCUGAGGAUGUGGAUGAGAGAGGAGGAUAUGACCGCCCAACGUACCUUGAUAACCUGGCUAUCCACCACUGCUUCUCUAGGUGUGUUGCCGUACAUGGAACUCAUGGCCUGCUGGUAAAAGACACCAUUGGCUACGACACUCUGGGGCACUGUUUCUUCCUUGAAGAUGGGACGGAGCAACGCAAUACGUUCUAUCACAACUUGGGCCUCCUCACCAGGUCAGGAACGAUCUUGCCCUCAGAUCGCAAUGAAGCUAUGUGCCUUGCCAUCCGGAGCCACGUCUAUGGGAAUUAUGUUCCUGUGCCAAGCACUGACUGCAUGGCUGUCAGCACUUUCUGGAUUGCAAAUCCAAACAACAAUUUAAUAGAGAAUGCAGCAGCAGGUGCUCAGGAUGUCGGGAUAUGGUACAUCUUCCACCGGGUUCCAACUGGACAGUCCGAGGGGCGAUAUCCAGAGGGACAGGCUGAACAUACCCCCUUGGGAGUAUUUUACAACAACAGAGUCCACUCCAAUUUCAAGGCUGGUUUGUUUAUUGGAAAAGGAGUAAAGACAACAAGAGCCAGUGCUGAAGAUCCCAGAGAGUAUCUCACUAUCGAUAAUGCCAGGUUUCGCCCCCAUCAAGAUGCUGAUCCUGAAAAGCCACGAGUUCCUGCCGUAAUUGAUGGUCUUAUUGCUUUUAAAAAUAAUGACCAUGGGGCCUGGGCCAGGGGAGGCGACAUUAUUUUCCGCAACUCUGGGUUUUCAGACAAUGGAAUUGGACUCACUCUGGCGAGUGAUGGGACAUUCCCCACCGAUGACGGCUCCAGCCUGGAAGUGACACGCUCCAUUUUUGUUGGAGAAAGCAGCAACUUUGGCUCCCAGGGAGGGCAGAACAGCUACUGGGGGAAAGGGGCAAAUGGAGAAUACAGGACCCUGCCCAGAAACAAGACAUUCCCUAUUCGUGGAUUCCAGAUUUAUGAUGGGCCUGUCAGGAUGGCAAAGUGCACUUUCAAGAAGUUCACCCCAACUGUUGACAGAUAUUCAAGUGCCAUUGGGUUCUUCAUGAAAAACGCCUGGCAGAUAAGCCCCCAGAAUAAUGUGUCACAAAUCCUGAUGGAGAAAAGCGUUGGACUGAAAGUGUUUUUUGGCAGAUCAGGCCAGUGGUUUGGAAACAACGACAACGAUGGUGACAAAAUGUCCAUCUUCCACGAUCUGGAUGGCUCUGUGACAGGGUAUCCGGACACUUUCAUUGGCAGAGCAGACAACUACUUGCUCCGUCAUCCUGGGUGUCUCACUGUUCCACGCUGGAAUGGGAUGAUGUGCACCGGGAGAUUUGCACAGCUUUAUAUUCAGGCCAGGCGCCCUGAGAAUCUGACCCUAUCCAUUGCCAGAGCAACAUACUCUUCCCACCCCUUGCAGUUGCAAGGCGUGAACAGAGGAGCACCAUACCAGCAGUACCAGCCUGUUGUCAUGCUGGAGCAGGCUUAUAUCAUCCAGUGGGAUGGAAGAGCACCUGAGGAUAUCAUCCUGUACCCGAUCAACUUCAACAGAGGAGACUGGCUGCACAUUGCCCUCUGCUACCCCAGGAACACUGUUUUCCACGUGGUGACAGAUGUCUAUCAGCGACAGACAGGGAUGGUACACAGCAUAAAGCACUACCUCGCAGCUCCUUCCCGGGCCAGUGCCCUCAACAGGACUGGCGAGAGGCUAUUCUACUUCGACAGAGCAUCAGGGUACCUCUUUGUUCACCUGCAAGCCCAUGAAGCUCGGAAAGGCCACAGUUACUGCUCUCAGCAAGGCUGCGAACGUAUUAAAAUCACGGCGCAUAUGUACCCAGGGGGGUCCUGGAGCUGUGCCCCAAACCCCUUCCCACAGAGGCCAGCAGCUCCCCAGUGCCCUGUGUCCCAGCACCCAGCCAGGCCGUGCAGGGCAUGUGGUGCCCCACAGCUUGCUAUCACUAGCACACCUUCAGUCAAGUAUAUGAGAAUCCAGAUCCAGUCUCUCAGCAAGGCAGACAUACAAAGCCACUUGACAUCUGCAUUCAUUAAGAUAAAUGGUGCAGUGUUCCUGAUCAAUAGCCCUGGGAUAUUCUUCGUGGUGCUAGAUGCAUGUUCAGGAGCAGUUGUGAGUAGGCGACACUUUGACACAGUUACUGGGGAAAAUGCGGCCAAUUUAAUAACCGAUUAUGUUCAAACAUUUAUAAAAGAGAGAUCACUUGUUCUUGUGUGCUCUAGAGAUAUUGCAGACGUGGUCGGGAGCUCUGAAAUGUCUGUUUUUACAAGGUUAGGUUCUGCAAAGCCUAUUGUCUUCCACAAGGAAGGGAGUUUCGCUAUGCUUGGCUAUAAAGGACAAGCCAAGCCCUCCUGGAUUAAAGUCCUUAAUCACGCUGGUUAUCAGAAAGCCGCUUCUCUACAGCAUUAUGUUCCCUUGAAGCUGAAAGAGUAUCAAUGUUCAGCUAACACUUUUUCUCAGAACCACUCAGAGCACAUCUCUGCAGAGGCUAUGGUGCCCCACGAUUAGCAACGGUGGUGUAACACCAACCAGGCAAGUCCAGCAGCUGUCAGCAAAACCUGCUCUUGUUUUUACGGGAUUGUACCGAACCAAUGUUGUUCACUUGUAUAUUUUAUAACUAAUAAAUAUAGUUUCAUCUUACCCGCUAUGGUAGAGUUUUAUUUUUCAAACAGCGCCCCACAGGACAGGAUAGGAAAAGCCUGUGGGCUGCACUUCCUAAGGAGAGAAGUGUUUGAACAUAUCUACGAUUUGGAGUCAGAUGGUAAGUUUUAAAGGCGAAAACUUGCUCUUCAGUAUCAUAGGGGUUGGAAAUGAAACUUGGCAUGGAAACUUUAGCAGCAUCCAGGGAAACAGAUGAACCUUCAGCAGAGGUAGGGAAUUCUCCCAUCAGUCCUGUUUUCCCUCCGUUAAUGCCUGCUUUUAAAACAACUAAGCGUCGUCCUCUGUGGCAUCUUAGGUGAACUCAGCAGCAUCUGCUUGCAUCGAUGGGUAAGCACGUGGUGAUUUUACAAUAAUGCCUUCUAAUCGACCUGAAUAUAUACGGUUGCAACAAGGAAUUAUAAAUGUAUUUCUGUCUGUAGCUAAUGACUGGUGAAAUGGUGUUUGCCCAAUUGAUGUGAACAUUUAAUUAAAGUCCUACAGGAAUAAAACUAAGGAUAAUGUAUAUGCUGUGCAGGGCAAAAUGUUGCAUUCCUCCUUCAGACAAUGAUUGUAUUGACUCUCUGCUCCCAUCAAGGACUGAAAUACUGCUGGUAUUAGUAGCUAAUAUUCUUUGGUUGCUUUUUUUGUUUUGUUUAUGUUACUGCUUUUUGAAGUGAACAAAAAGGAAGAGCUUUGUAUGCAAACUGAGAAACAAACCGAUGACCUCACUGAUGACAAUUUAAGUACAAACUUAGCCUGAAAUGAUGACAUGCUCAUUUUGGUUUGAAGGUUUUUUUACUUGGUGACAGCAGUGAAGGGGAGGGUGAGUUCAGAUGAGCAUGUCUUUGUUAAAGAAUUCUUUACAGGAACUGAACAAGCUUCCAAAAUGUUCAAAACUGUCAAAAAAAAAAAGAGGAAAGGUUAAAAUUCUGAUGCAGGUAAAUAAAAUAAUUGUGAUGUUUCUUUUGUUGUUAUUGUUUUGUUUACUGUUAAGCCUACAACUAACAUCUUAGAUUUGCUUUUUUAAAUGCAGAUAUUACAAGCCAAUCAAGGACACUGUUGGUCUUAAUCUGUGGUAAUUUUCUAUUUUUUUUUUACACAGCAGAGUACAAGAAAAUGCACAGGUAGGGCUUGUUUGCUCACAGCAUUUGUUUGAUCAUUUUGCUGAUCGGUUGCUAUGGUUUUGAGCGGGGGCAUCCUACUGGGGAGAAAGGUAGCUCAGAGAGAAAGGCCAAGGUUUGGAUUAUUUGUAUAGAAAAAACUUCAUUUUUGUGUCAUCCUAUUUUUGCAAAUGAGGAAAAAAAGUGACAGGUCAUGGGGCCCUGUCUAGCAGAGAGAAAUCUGAAAAAGUAGCUUUACUUGUACUGUUCAAACGUGCAGGUGAGUGUGUAUGUCCCUAGAUGUGCCUUCAUGUCUGUAAUGAGUAGAUGAAAUCCAUGGCCAUAAAUAUCAGACACUUCAGAUCUUUUCUUUACAGAAUGACAUGGUUUUUUUUCAAGCUUUUCUACUAAAAUGUACUGAUCUUUCCCUUGCUGUGUAGUACAUUGGGACCCUUACAUUUCAAGGCUAAAUCUUGUGUCACGAGUGCCUCUUUUUUCCUUUGAGUUGCCAACAGCUGUCCACAGGUUAUUCAAACAGGUAGGUGAAGGCUUUGUUACUAAUGUCCCGUCGUUUCUUUGAAAUUCUCAGAAAUGGCCAAACGAGUUGCUACAGGGCAAGGUCAGCAUUUUGUUGGCCAGACUCUUGCUCCCUGGUGGGUUAGUCGCUCUGGCAUCCGUGCAUCCCGGCGGGAACAGACCUCCCCGGCUGAGACGCUUACCUCUACCACCUCACACCGCCUGGGUGAGGGGGAGAGGGCACCAAAAGGUUUGUGGGCAGAGGAGGAGGCCGUGGCUCCAUCUCCACAUUGGGGAGGAGAGGUGGGAGUUGGGUUCAGCCAGAGGUGAGGUCUUGGCUUGCUGGAGAGUGUGAAGAAGUUAGUGAUGCUGCUUGGGAGAGGGAAAGUAACAGGACAUCGCAGGCCUGCACAGCCUCCAUGGGGAGCAGCGGGACAAGAGGCCGAGUGGCUGGCACCGAACCUCUAAGGAGCAAUCUGAAGUCCUAUUAGUACCUAAUUGUUAUGAUUUCUGAGGCCACGCAGGGGAAGAAAAGCAAGAUGUUUUUGGCUGUGAGCUUAAGCCCGACAUUGGAACAACUACUUACAGAGCGAGCCUUUACUUUCUUGGAGAUUUAUUUGAUAAUCUGUGACAGGUCCAGACCCUGGAUCCCAAUAAAACUUUGCCGAGCUCUAACCCCAGCCUGAGACUAAACAAUUGGCAAAGGACAAACCUAGUGAAGGAAGGAGAGGAAUGUGCCUAAACUUCUGAAAAAUCUCUCUUCCUCCUCCCACCUCAGAAUGAGAGCAAAUGGCAAAUGUCCUGGAGAGGAAGGCGUGGAGCCGUGGUGAGCUGGAUGCAAACAGUCAAGUACCACAAAAGCAAAAAGAAAA